AGAGUGAGCACACAUCACACACAUUUAAUUGUAAAUAAUUAAGAAUAUCAUAAAGAAACCCUUUACCUGCGCACCAUGUUCCGCCUGCAACAAGCUCAGCCCGAUCCCGCCGAGGAGCAGAAACGUGUGGCAUCCGAGGUCCGCUUCAGUUUCAUCAUUUUCGGCACACUCUGCGCCGCCAUCCGGCUGGCUCCUAUUGUACUGAAACAGUUGAACACUGCCUAAAUAGCAAAUAAAACCAAAUGGCACGACAUCGAAGCAGCUUGCAGUCAAACAGAUUAUAAAUUAAGUGUUAAAGCUACUCAAUUAUGAUGGAAUUGACUAUGAAAGGCACUUUAUUAAUACACAAUGCAUUUAUUUAAACGCACAGUGACCAAAAACAGCUAGUUUAAUGUGUAAUUAAAGCCUCAUGACCCAGCAAAUAUACACAUCUUGUUCCCAAUGUUCACAAAAUUA